AAGCGAGAGGAGGAAGGAGGGGAAAAAAAGCUGAACCAUCAUCACCGCGCUGUCGGUGCGGGGUCACGAACUAUGACCUUUAACAGAAGAAAACCAAAACAAAUAUUUUAUAAAAUAGCUCAGCGCCCCAGACCCGCGGCCGCCGCUCGCCGGAGACCUCACUAAUGACCUUACAUCAUCAUGACCACCAACCUGACUCUGCUCUCUCAGCAGAAAGCAGACCCCGAGCUCGAGGCAGAGGUGUCGUCCUCUCCGUCAGACUCAGUGAUGAGUGAGUCUCCUCAGCGCUUUCAGGUCAUCUCCUCAGAUUCCAGCACCACACCACAGCGAAUACAGAUUGUAACGGACCAGCAGACAGGUCAGAAGAUCCAGAUAGUGACAGCGAUGAACCCGUCCAGUGCUCCCAAGCAGCAGUUCAUUCUGACGACGGCUGACAGCUCCGGGGCGGGCAAGGUCAUCCUGGCCUCACCUGACAGUCACAACACUAAGCAGCUCAUCUUCACUGCGGCAGACAGCCUGAUGCCUGGAAGGAUACAGAUUGUCACAGAUCCAGUGUCGAUGGAGCGGCUGUUAGGACAGUCCGGGGACCUGAACCGACCCCAGCCGGUGGAGUACUGCGUGGUGUGCGGAGACAAAGCUUCAGGGCGUCACUAUGGAGCCGUCAGCUGUGAGGGAUGCAAAGGUUUCUUCAAGCGGAGUGUGAGGAAGAAUCUGACCUACAGCUGCCGCAGUAAACAGGACUGCGUCAUCAACAAACACCAUCGCAACCGCUGCCAGUUCUGCCGCCUGAGGAAAUGCCUUAAGAUGGGGAUGAAGACCGAGUCCGUACAGAGUGAAAGAAAACCCAUCGAUAUUGUGCCCAGAGAGAAACACACCAACUGUGCUGCCUCCACCCAAAAGAUCUACAUCCGCAAAGACCUGAACAGUCCGCUCAUCGCCACUCCAACCUUCAUAUCCGACACUGAGACGGACGGCUCCAGAUCCAGCCUGCUGGACCAGGGGAUGCUGGUCAACAUCCAGCAGCCGGUCAUUCAGAGCGACGGGACGUUACUGCUGGCCACCGACUCAAAGGUGGAUUCUGGGCAGGGAGACUUGGGGACGCUCGCCAACGUGGUCACGUCGCUGGCCCACCUGAGUGAUUCGCUGAAAGAAAACCUGCACAACGGCGACACCUCGGACAGCCAGCACGAGGAGCAGUCCGCCAGCGAGAUAACACGUGCCUUCGACACCCUGGCCAAAGUCUUCAACCCGCCCGAGGUGGAGGUCAGGCAGGGCCUGCUGGAUAAGUCGCAGUGUGUCGGCGGAACGACGAUCCAGCUGAUCGGUCGAGACCAGGAGACGCCCAUCAUCGAAGUGGAAGGACCUCUGCUCACAGACAGCCAUGUUGGCUUCAAGCUGACCAUGCCCAGCCCCAUGCCCGAGUAUCUGAAUGUACACUACAUCUGUGAGUCGGCGUCCAGACUGCUGUUCCUCUCCAUGCACUGGGCUCGCUCCAUCCCUGCCUUCUCAGCUCUCGGUCAGGAGGCGAACACCAGCCUGGUGCGAGCCUGCUGGAACGAGCUGUUCACUCUGGGCCUGGCUCAGUGCGCUCAUGUGAUGAACCUGUCCACCAUCCUGGCUGCCAUCAUCAACCACCUUCAGAGCAGCAUCCAGGAUGACAAGCUAUCAGGGGAACGAGUGAAGCAGGUGAUGGAGCACAUCUGGAAGUUUCAGGAGUUCUGUAACAGCAUGACGAGGCUGGAGACGGACAGCUAUGAGUACGCCUACCUGAAGGCCAUCGUGCUGUUCAGCCCCGAUCAUCCCGGCGUGGACACCGGAGGGCAGAUCGAGAAGUUUCAAGAGAAAGCUCUGAUGGAGCUGCAGGACUACGUGCAAAAAACCUACCCAGAGGACACGUACAGACUGACUCGCAUCCUGACGCGACUCCCGGCCCUCCGGCUAAUGAACUCCAGCAUCACGGAGGAGCUCUUCUUCACCGGCCUAAUAGGAAACGUCUCCAUCGACAGCAUCAUUCCUUACAUCCUCAAGAUGGAGACGGCCGAGUACAACAGCCAGGACUGUGACUCCACAGAAUGACAGCCCAUCGCUCAGCCCUGUCGGUUUGAAGAGUCUCCCCUUCAGGUACGCUCUCUGCCUCGCGGGGGUCGUCGGAAACCCCGCAGCAGCUCUCGUUUUCUAACACUGCAUGGUGCAAAGUCAUUCAGGAACACUCGGUAGAUUUAGCAAAAAAAAAAAAAAACAACCAGACAUUGGAAUUUCAGAAUGACUGAGAAUGUUUAGCGGAGCCGGCGCAGCCCGUCGAGGAAAAAUCCUCUGGAGCUGCAACUUCUCUCGUCUCCUUUAAUAUUAGUGCGGCACUUCUGCCUACAUCACAUCACUUCUGACCUCAGCCUUUCAUACUGAUUUAGCCUUAUCGCACACAUGCUCCCAAGCUGACAACACCAUCCUUGUUUCCUUCAAUGCCAUUAAAUAAAAUACGUGGCAGGAUAUGAAGACGUUCUCAUUUUGGAAAAAGAAGAAAUGAAAAGUUUAGUGUCAUUUUUUAAAAUUAAUUUGUGUUGCGAUGUAUUAAAUACAUCAAAAAUAAAAGUUGAAAUGUUAUUUUCAACUUCAUUUUGUGUUUAAGAUGUUGAUAAAUUCAGGCUUUGCGACAUUUCUGAUGGUCAUUGAAAAUGAAAUUAAAAAGCCUUCAUUUAUUUUGCACAGCUAAGUUUGAUGAAGCGUUUCUGUAAAAAUGACAUUAAGCAGGUGAAAGUGCUAAAAUCAUGAAUCUCUCCAGCAGUGGUGUCAAACUCAUUUCAGCUGAUGGGCCCCUCUUCAAUACCUUCAAAAUGAACGAUAAAGAUGUACAAGUAUAGAGUUAAAUUCUUUGCAUUUAUGUAUCAUUUUACAAAACUGAUCCCGAACGACCUGAGAUUUGAUUAUUAGUCACUCGUCACAUCUGUGGCCCACGAUCUGCUGUGAAACCAGAGCGUCCAAAUAGAAUAUAAACCACUGAUGAAUCUCUGGAAAUGUCUCCUUUAUAACUAUAGAAGUUGAUCAGGUAACACCCUGUCUGGACCGCUUUCUGCCCUCAGACCAUGAGUUUCACACCCCUGCUCCGAAGUGUUCAGGUAUAUUGACGAGCACACAGAAUUUCAUGAACUCGUUACAACCAGUUCCGUUUCAGCUUGAGGUGUAGCUCUGGCUCUUUAACUCGCCAUCAGAAUUCCUCAAGCGACAUCAGCCGUUUCAGCUGACUUCACUCUCAGACGCUGUUCCGUUGUUUUGUUUUUUUUCCUUUUUGUGUGUGUUGCACUCCCAGAGCAGAGGUGGGCCCUGACAGUCGAGCCUGUUCACAUGCACACGGAUCAGAAUCCGUUCUCUGCAGUUAUCUAAUUAUUCAGGGGAUCAUGUAAACAGGGUAAUUUGAUAUGACUUAUGAGAUAGCAGCAUUCAUCUGAUGGACACACACACAUUCAUCACCAAUACUCUGAUGUCUUUCAGUGGCUCCUUUGAUCAAUUUGUGAUCUGAACUGUAAGUGAGAAGUGUAGUGGGAAAAAAAAUUAUGAAGAAGACACCACAGAAAUGCUGUGCAGUGGCAGAAAAUGAAGAUAGGCUCAUAGAGUGGAGAGGAGAUAAGUUUCAUCUGAAAUAAAAUAUAUAUAGUUUUACUGAAUUUUCCAAUAAAGUAAGACCAGAUUUUGAAACUAACAGGUUUUAGUCUUAUGCACUUACAUAUGAAUUCUACUGAAAUGUCAAGCAGGAUCAUUCAUGUGCGUUUCUGAAGCGGAUGGAAACAUGUCAGAUCAUCACAGUAACCCGAUCACUCCCGUCUUCAUAUUCACUCAUGUGAACGGGCUCGAUGUCUUCAGGCCGACGCCUUCAUGAAAUAAAGACAUGAUGGAGGAUUUGGCCUUUAAAUGCGUGGCAGGGCAGCGUCCCUGCAGGACCAGGAAGAGUCCACCUCUGCUCCGGUUCAUCAUGACCACGUUGCUAAUACGACCUGUGCAAUCGCCUCAUCACUUUAUGACAAUCAGCUCUGUGUUGUCCCAUCUCUCCGUCAUGACCGGGGUUUUCAUUUUCUCUAUUUAUCAACGGAAGUUCAUUCUUUUGUAAAGAACCGGAUCUUUGCUUUACAAGCUAUGCGCGUGUGUAGCCAUGCUACGGUUUUUUUUUUUUUUUUCAUUAUUGUUGUUUUGCUUUUGUAUUCUUGUGCACAUCAAUCAGCUGUUGUGGCGUUCGACUGCAUCCUCGCUGACUAAAACUUUGUGUUUUGUACGUUUUCCGAAAACCUUUGUUUGUUAUGAACAAGUUUGCUUGUUACAUACUAAGUGUACUUAAAGUACUUUUGGGCAGGUUUCCCUGACUUAAAAAAAAUAAUAAUAAAAAGAGUUACGACUUGUUGGGAAGCCAGUCUCAAGUGCAUUGAUGUCUCAAAGACUGUAUGGAGAUAUGCAUCGGCUCCCCCUCGUGUAGAAAGCUUCAGAAAAAAAAAGCCUCCACAGCAUCGUGAAUGAAAAACGGGGAUGUAAAUAAGUCAACAGUGAGUUUGUCUUGUGAAAUAAAUGUCAAGUGUAAUAUUUGGGUUGAAAACCCAAACAGACUGUUUGUAAAGGCACUGGUGUGAAACGACCUUUGUACAUGUAAUUUCAUUAAAAUGAGUGCAUGUUGUUUCUAAGCAGGGUUUUAUAAUCUCGUCGCUGUCUGCCCCACAAAGGAGCGUUGUUCUAAUUUUUAUAGUGCAUUGCAAUGCAUGAAGAAGUUGCUUAAGCGCAUUUUAUUAAAUGCUGUAUGGAAAAAUGUCAAUUUAAAUGUUGUGGCUUUAAAAAAUAUUUACCAUGAGCAGCUCCUGCGCCAGAGGAAAUCAUUGUUUUUUUUUUGUUUUUGUUUUUUUUUUUAUUGGUGGACUGAGUACGUUAUGGUUAGAAUUUUAUACUGUGUAAAUGUACUUUUGUUUUUCUGCUCAUGUAAAAUGUAUUUCUUCUAACAUUGAGAAGUUCUGAACAGCAUUCAUGUUUUACUCAAGUGGGUCACAACCUUACAUUUCUACCUCACACCGAUGAAGAUAUAAA